AUGACCGAAGAUAAUAAUCUUGCAGAAACUAAAAAAGAGAAUACCGACAAGGAUUUAACUAAUAUUGGGCUAGCAUUAGAUCCAAACUUGAUUAGUUUAAUAGAUAACCCUUCAGGAAAAGUUAAUAAUGCUGUUGACAUUAAUAUGAACAAUGACACUGAUGCGAAUAUGGAUAGUAAAGGACAAGCCAAAUCAAAUGCUUCUGAAUCUCUAGUUAACAAUCCAUACGAUGAAUUCGGAAACUUACCCCUAUCUCAAUUUAUUCCCAUAGUUUUGAAGCAGCGUGGAAUCAAGUUUUCCGAACUAACCGAGGACUAUCUACUUCAGCAACUAGCUCUUCAUGAAAGGAGUAAUAGUAUAGAAACUAAAGAACAAGCUCACCAAGAAGAUAUCAAGUCUGACGGAAUUUCAUCACUGUCCUCCUCCUUAAUCGCCAUACCAAAUGCUGAGGUUCAUAUAGACAAAGAUAGCAAUACUGUGGACUUCAUAAAUUCCACAAUAACCGUCGAACAGUUCCAACAAUUUAAAAAAGAAAUUUAUGAAUCGGUCACAAUUGCAUUAAACGAGUCUUCACUUUCCUUAGAAUUAGUAUCCUUGUUACUAUCAAGUGUUAGAAGGCAACAAGGUAUGUCCACCAUGUCUCCUUUAUUGAAAAAAAAUGUUCCAAUUGGUAGUUUAACUGCGGAUAAGAUCAAUACACCUCGAGUUACAAGUCACAAUAAAGAGGAUCAAGAUGUUGUUAGAAAAGGUUGGAAAUUAAGAUCCCUAAAACAGUCACAGGAAUUAUUAAAGUCAAAUUUUGAAAAACUAUCCGAAAUUGUUAAACGAGAACAAAAUUACUGGAGUAAUUUAUCAAACAAUAUUACAGAGAAGGAUGUAAUUUUUAAAAUGAGAGACAAAAACUCCGGAGAGAAAGCUUUGGCUAUAAAGUAUGGCUAUACAGAUUCCGGAUCUGACUAUAGGAUGGACAGAGGAAUUGCGUUGUUAGUUAAUAAAAAUGAUACAAACAAUUCCUAUUAUUCUAGUACUCAACAACAGCGUCAUAAUCUUGAUAGAGGUGGUUUAGAUGCAGAACAGGUUUUAGAACUAAUUCCUUUUGGUGGAUCCACAACAAAUUAUAAUAAAUUUGGUCAUUAUGUUAGGGUUAGAAUAUUUGAUAAGUUGGAAGAAGAAAGCGACUACAUUUUAACCGGAGAAAGUAGGAUGAGUGAGUCCUUUUUAGCCUUAUUUAAGGGUUCCAAUAAUACUGUUAAAAACCAAAUUUCGAUUCUAAAAUUUUCUAUUUUUGAAAGAGAGCUUAUGUACCAACUAAGCAAAGAGGUUAGCGACUUAUUCCAAUACGAUUGCAGUUUAGAACACGAAAAAAAAAUUGUGGCUGAAGUUGGGUCAAGUAGAUUUGAAAUAGAAUUGCUACCGAUAGAUUUGGAUUUCAUGGAGGCCUUUCACCAAGAACCUCCUAAAACUAAUGAUAAAAAGGCUGAUAUAAUUGCCGAUUUGUUAAGAAUGUUGUUGGUUGUAAUGUUUAAGAAAAAAUUAUUGAAAAACAGAACUGAACAGCCGUUAUUAACUAGGGAGGGACCUAUUUCAUCAUUAUACUCCUCUUCAGGCUUUGGAGUACUAUUAUUGAGGCCCAUAAUAGGGAAAAUAAGACAUUAUAAUUAUUUUAUUUUAUUGAAAAAAAUUAUUACUGAUUGUAUACUAGAACUUAUCACUGAUUCUAAAAUAUUAGAAGAAACCAAUAAUUAUAAGAGUUUUAAUUACUCAAAAUAUACGUCUAAUGAUCCUUCAAUAGAUACUUUGGCAAAGGAGAUACAUAUAUUUGAUCCACUUAUACAGAUUCCUAGGAGUGAAGUUAUAUUAAGUAUAAAUGAAUACCAAACUUUAAAAUUUGUGUUGACAAGUUCGAACUAUUGUAAUGCCCUAAUCGAAUUGACUGAAUCUGUGGGUGAUGUCACGACUUUCACAGAGUUUAAAGUUUUGGAAGAAUACUUAAAUUUUUCCGUAUCAAGAUAUUUAAGUAAUAAAGUAAGCCUCUAA